AAUAACAAUACGGAGCUCAUUGUUCAGAGGUCGUCGAUGCAGAAACAUGUGUCGAACUAUCAGCUGUUUUAGUGAAUUCGUUUUGAUUCGUAAUGGAUAUUAAAUUUUCUAGUUUUGUAACACCCUUGAUGUUUAUCAAGAUAUGCUGUGUACUUGCAUUACUAUCGAACGUUGAAUGUCUACCAGAAAUAGCUUGCAACCGUUUAAAAAUCGGGGACAGUUGGUACGACCGUCAGACUCUAUGGGCGAAUAUUGGAAGACCUUACAACCUGAACGUCCAUAGAUCUUCAAACUCGUUAUUCUUCAGCUAUUCCCUACCAGAAACGUACUCCGAUACAGAUUUCCAACUGGCAUUCUUCAACAUUGAUAACAAAGACUCCCAGACUAUAGCUGGUAUAAGAGGCGGCUGCUCAGUGGCCAUCGACCAACUGAACGAUGAGAUUUACCUCGGAGGCAGCGAUGGCAUCUACAAAUACAACAUGCUGACAAAACUGGCAGACUUCUACAAAGAGAAGGGAAAGAACGUCUGGUCCUUAUUCUACAAAAAGAACCUGUUCUACAUCAGCUAUCCGGACCAGAAACUCCAUAUUGAGUACGAUGGGAAAUUUGCUACUGUGAAAGAAUUUGAAGGUUUUGAGAUCGAUCAUUUCCAUGUCAGUAGCAUGAAUACUAUUUAUUUCGCGAAUAAAACUGGUUUAUAUAAAUAUGAUAAUGAUAAAAUGAUUGCUCAGCCGGUUAACGAGUUGGUGACUGUACGACAGAUCGUUGAAGACAAUGAGGGAGACACGUAUGUGGUGACGAAUUUUGGCGUUUUUGCCGAUGGGAAGUUCGAAGGUCUGAAAAAAAUACUUGACAUGAAGAAUAUAUACGGUUUAGCUUUCGACAGAGAUAAUAAUUUUAUUUAUUCGGAUGAGAAGAAUAUUAUUAAGCUUGUGUAUAGUUUGGUCGGUUGUGAUAAAAAGUCUUUACAUUGGUGAUGGUUUUCGUGUGAUAUUUUUUGGCGAUCCUUUGGAAUUUCGAUUUUGAUGUUAUCUUUAAAGACAAAGUAAUUGGCUUCGCAGUUUUUGUAGUUUAUCAGUCAUUACUUUUGAUGUUUCUUUUCAUUUCUGUACAAGAUUGUUAAAAGUAUAGUCUAGUUAUUUUCGCAACAUACUGAAAAAUGUGAAAUGUAGCGAAAACGUACCUAAGUUAUCAUGUCA